AUGAUCUACCUAGUACUAGGCAUGCUUAUUUUAUCACAACAUGAUGAAAUAGCAAAUUCAAAUAAUAAGAUUGCCUUACCUAUAGUAACUAUUAAGAAAGGUCCAAAAGCUGUAGCAAGUCAUAUAUCUGAUUUAGGUUUAACAGGUGAUGAUCUUAUUGUUUUCUUCAAGAAAAAUUUAAGAAAGAUUAUAACUUAUGAUUCCAAAUAUAGAGAUCUUUCAAAAAUAAAAAAUAUUAAAGUCUCCCAGUACUAUGAUGUCUUUUAUAGAUAUUUAUUCUUAGAGACUCCAGAUUCCUCUCCAGAUAGUGGUUUGGAUUCCUCAAUGAAAAUCCCAACACUUCAUAAAUUAACAAGGAAUGUAACUCCUUUACCAAUACAUUCUCAUAAUGAUUAUUGGAGAGAUUUACCCUUAUUUGAAGCUUUAAUGUACGGUUCUACUAGUGUUGAAGCUGACAUUUGGAAUGUUCCAAAAAAUUCUAAUGCAAAAAAUAUUAAUUUGAUGGAUUUUAAUGGCAUGGAUAAAAAAUUAUUAAAUAAAGAUAUUAAUGAUUAUAAAUUAGCAGUUGGUCAUAAUAUUAAUUAUUUGGAUACUAAAAAUAGAUUAUUGGAUAAUCUAUAUACAACUCCAUUGAAAUUAAUGUUAGAUGAAGUUAAUAUUAAUAUUAAGGAUAGUAAAAAAAGUCAUCAUCUAACAAGAGAUAUUAAAAACCCUAAUUCCAUCCCCCAUAAAGACUAUGACCUUGUAUUAGAAAAUGAACCUAAAAUUGGUGUGUUUUAUGAUUCUCCUCAUACUACUUUAUACUUCUAUUUGGAUUUUAAAUCGGAUGAUAAUGAAUUGACCUAUAAAUUAUUAUUAAAAGAUUAUUUGAAACCAUUGAUUGAUCAAAAUUAUUUAUCUUAUUAUGAUAUUGUCAAAAAUGAAAUUGUUUCAAAUCCAAUUACUGUCAUUUUGACUGGGAAUUAUCCAAGAAAAUUACUUAAUAUUAUUAAUUCCAUUGAAGGUAUUAAUUCGAAUAAAUUAUAUACUUUUAUGGAAGCUCCAUUAGAUGAUUUAAAAAAUUUAAAUGAAGAGCAAUUAAAAUUCUCGAUAGUCUCUUCAACAUCAUUUUCAAGUUUAUUGGAAAAAUGUGAUUCAUCACCAUGGCAAGUAGUUUGGAGAGGUGAAAUGACAUCACAUGAAAUUAAUUGUAUUAAAAAUUAUAUGAUUCAAGCUCAAUCAAAAGGUUUUAAGACAAGAAUUUGGGGGGUACCUUCAUGGCCAAAAAAUGUCGAAAGAACAUUAUGGAAACAACAGAUCAGGGAUUUAAAUGUGGACUUCUUAAAUGUGGAUGAUUUAGCCUCUGCUGUUGAUUUUUAA